CCCCGAGAUCACGAUGCUUUAUGACUCGCGAUUACAACAACUCUACUUUCAGGCCAUCAAAUUGGGAGAUGAGUAAAAGACGCAGGUCACACGAAGGGCUUAUGAGUGCCAAUACACUUGAUGCAAGUGUUUCUUCCAUCCAUAAGCAACUAUAUGCAGCUAUAGCGAAAGAAAAAGAAGAAGAGCAACAAAGAGUUCGUAUCAGAAAUCAGGAGCUGAAAGCUGACAAGAUUUCAAACAAAGAACAAAAGCGACAAGUAGUUGCAUCCAUACAAAGUAUUGAAGGGGAGCUUGAUGACGUUAGGGGCGCAGAUCUUGUAGUCAAGGCGGGACGUUUGUUAAAAUGCACAAGAAAGCAAAAAUUAGAGACAUGUGGAGGAACUUGGUGAGCAUAUGUCAUACGUUCUUUCAACAUGGUCCUUUCUAGCCUUAUUUUGAUUUGAAGCUUUUCUUUUUUUCUUUUUAUAUAUUUUUUAAUCUUGCUU